AUGGCCCUGAUCAACUUCAUCCUCUCACCGUGGGCACCAGCCGCCCUGCUGGUUGCCGCCGUGGUGUAUUAUGUUUAUCCGUAUUUUGUCACUUACCGGCAUCUGAAGCACAUUCCGGCGCCGUUCCCUGCCCAGUUCUCAAACUGGUGGCUACUUUUAGUUGCCCGCCGAGGUGACAGGUACGACACGGUCGACAAACUGCACAAGAAGUUGGGCCCAGUUGUGCGUAUUCAGCCGAACCAUGUCAGCCUCUGCAACGACGAGGCUAUCCAAAUCGUCUACGGCCACGGCAAUGGUUUCCUGAAAGCGGACUUCUACGAUGCCUUCGUCAGCAUCCAGCGAGGCCUCUUCAACACGCGGGACCGCGCCGAGCACACGCGCAAGCGCAAGAUCGUAUCCCACACCUUCUCUGUCAAAUCGGUGGCCCAGUUCGAGCCCUACAUCCACAGCAACCUCGAGCUCUUCGUCCGCCAACUGGACAACCUCAUCUUGCGCUCGAAUCACCCUGACGGCGCAGCCCACCUCGACUGCCUCAACUGGUUCAACUACCUCGCGUUUGACGUCAUCGGUGAUCUCGCCUUCGGUGCGCCAUUCGGUAUGCUGUCCUCUGGCGCCGACAUGGCUGAAGUCCGUGCUUCCCCGGACAGCCCUCCGAUCUACUUGUCGGCCAUCGAGAUCCUCAACCGCCGCGGCGAAGUCUCCGCAGCGCUCGGCAGCCUUCCCGCCCUCAAGCCCUUCGCCAAAUACUUCCCCGACCCCUUCUUCACCCAGGGCCUCCAAGCGGUCGAGAACCUCGCGGGCAUGGCCAUCGCGCGCGUCAAGUCCCGCCUCGAAAACCCCCCUCCCGCCGAACGCAAGGACCUCCUCCAGCGACUGAUCGACGGCCGCGACGAAAAGGGCGAACCUCUCGGACGACAAGAACUCACCGCCGAAGCACUCACCCAGCUCAUUGCCGGCAGCGACACGACAUCCAACUCCUCCUGCGCGCUGCUCUUCCACGCGGUGCGCACACCGGGCGUGAUCCAAAAACUGCAAGCCGAGCUCGACGCGGCGCUGCCCGCCGACCUCGACGUGCCGACCUUCGACAUGGUGCGCGACCUGCCCUACCUAUCGGCCGUCGUCAACGAGACGCUGCGCUUCCACUCGACGUCAGGCAUCGGCCUGCCGCGGCAGAUCCCGCACGACGCGCCGGGCAUCCACUACGAGGGCCACUACUUCCCGCCCGGCACCGUCCUCAGCGUGCCGACCUACUCGAUCCACCACUCCAAGGAGAUCUGGGGCCCCGACGCGGACGAGUUCAAGCCCGAGCGCUGGGAGAAGCUGACGCCAAGGCAGAAGAACGCGUUUAUCCCGUUUAGCUAUGGUUCGCGCGCCUGCGUGGGCAGGAAUGUGGCCGAGAUGGAGAUGAAGCUGAUUGUGGCCACGUGGUCGCGCCGGUACCAUGUGACCUUGAGGCAGGAUUAUAUGGAUACGAAGGAGGGGUUCUUGCGGAAGCCGUUGGGCUUGGAGAUAUCGCUGAAGAGGCGGUUGUGA